GCGCAUAGUCUAUUUGUCGCCUCGUGCAGAUUUUUCGGUCUCUGUCGCGGCAGGCAUUCUUCAAGACUUCCCUCCUGUUGAAUUAGGAGCAGUGCAGUUUCUAUGAGGCUUUCCAUUAAUUUGUAAGCUUACAGACGUGGACUGUGGGGAAUAAUUUAACACAACUGAAGGACUGUUUGUUGAAAGGUUUGUAGUUUAAUAGGGUUGUUAGAACACUAUCUUAGGCCGUUUAGUUGAGUUAGCGUUUCAUUAGAGUUGAAAUCAUCGUUAAGUUUUAGUAUAAUGGCAAACUCUGAGAGCGAGGAUAUAGUGAUGGAACAGGAAGAAGAGCAGGCUGCUGACGAUGAAACUCUCCCUUUAGAUGGAGAUGCAGCUCCGUUAGAGGAGGGCGAGGGUAUGGAGGAAAAUGGUACAGCGGCUGAGUCAGAGCCAACAGUUACAGCGGAGUCUACCUCCGAAAAAGCGGCCACUGAAACUGCUGCGGAGUCUACGCCACAAGGUGAGGGAAAAGGUAAGGGUAGGGCUAGAAGAAGGGGACCCAGAGAGGAGGCCGAGGAAGUUCCAGAAAAUUUCCACUUUAACUUAAGUGAGGCGGAGGAAUUCAUCGAAAAUGUGUGUAAGGCCGUAAGUUUAGAGCCUUCUAAACAGGCCAAUGAAGAAAAAGGCUUAACUUGGGUACGAUUUCCCCCGCACGAGCAGUUUGAGUCACUUGUGAAAAGAGAGUGGAAAUAUGUUGGUAAAAAGUUUUCUAUGCCUGGGCACCGGCGUAGACUAUAUCCGUUCCCGAAAGAUUGGGCGAAGAGGUGGGAAGUAGUUCCAACUGUAGAUAACGGUAUUACAAAUUUAGUUCUGGAUUUCACAACUCCUGCUCAAGGGAAGGUAAUUCCAAAAAAUUCUUUAGAGCGUAGAAUUGAUUUAGCUGCCCAGAAAGCCUUUAUCAUUUCCGGGCAGCUUAUUAGUGCAGCAUCUGCUACUUCUUAUGUAACCCAGGCACUGAAGACUUGGUUAGACCAGUUUUCUACCGCGUUGCCUGACGAAUUGAAAGCACACAAAAACUUGCCUCUUGUGCAGGCAAGUGCAAACUACUUGUCAGAUGCAUCCCAAAAUCUGUUGAAGUCUGCAGCCCGCGCUUCUGCUUCACAGGUAGUUGCUAGGAGGGCAGUUUGGUUAAGUAAUGUAGAUACAAAAGGAGAGCAAAAACAAAGUUUUCUCAAUCUUCCCUUUAAAGGAAGUCUGCUUUUUGGAGGUGGGGCUGGGAAACUGUUGAAAGAAGUUAAGGCUGGUAUGAGAAGACAGGCACAGAAUGCUUUUCGUGGUCAGUUGGGACUACGUGGCUUAAGGGGACCUGUCCGUGGCCCUCGAGGAGCAUUCCGUGGAUAUAGAGUUGGUUUAAGAGGUUCUUUGGGAGGCGGAGGAUACCGGGGAGGUACGGCCCGUGGACGAGCACUCAGCUUCUCGGCAAAGUUUGCAGCUAUUAGAACGCAGACUGUAGGCAGGGGAAGAGGACGAGGCUCUAGAAGAGGUGGCAGGUGAAGUUCAUAAGGGCAGGGGUGAGGGUCCAUUUGUACUGCAGUGAUAAGGCAUCCCAUUUUCCACAACAAAUGGAUCCAGCAUAUAUUUUAUUAAAAGCUAAACUUUUUUGUUUUUAGUAACUUUUCUAGAGUCUCCUAUAAUGGUCUACAGUAAGGUUGUGUUGUGUUCUAUUUUUGUACAGUUUUUAAUUCUAAUCUGCACGUUUAAAUAGGUUUGGAAGGAUGUUUGUAACUUUCAGUGUGGAACAGAUAGAUGCCACCAUGUUACUUGGUUUAAAUUAUACAAGUAGCCAUACUGUUGGGUGAGUGUUUGUUUGUUUUGACCCGUUUGAAUGUUUUGUAUAUAAGCUGUCUCAACUCUGACCCGUCUUUCCAAUUUCCUCCUUGGCAGGAUAGGUCUAAAUUGCAUUUUUUGUAAUGGUUUUAUGGGUAAGAGUAUUCCUAAUUUGAGUUGGACAGCAAAUGCUGGGUUUUGAGUAUUGGCCUGGGUUUAAGUAUGGGUUGAAACUGAGUGCCCUAGACAUCAUCAGUUCUUCAGCUGUAGUUGGGUUAUUUAACCACAUCAGUUUUUCAGUCUGAUAACCACUUCAGCAUCUCCCAUAUACUUUGGAGUUGAAAUAUGAAGCAUUUCUCUGCAGCAUCAGUCCGUCAGCUGCACUUGCUUGUCGUUGGACACCGUUGCCACACCUUUGGUUGCUUAUGGCAGUGCUUGGAUUCAUCUCAGCUUGGUGAACUGAAGAGUUGAUGAACCCGUAUUCCUUGGUUGAAUGGGUGGCUAUCUGCAGGCAGGUGGAAAUUUCAGCUGUAGAGGACAGUGCCAAGAUGGAACGUCUGGAUCAAGGGUUGGCUUGUGAUUUUUACACCUGGUUUCAAGUCCUGCUGAUUUAUGAAGACGCCAUGAAAGUAUGAAGAUGUUGCAAGACAAUGACUGGUCAGCCUUGGUACAGUUGAGUGGACUGCUGAAUGGUAGCCUUGCUUUCAUUGUCAAGACCUGGUUUUUGAGGAGAUGCCUUCUGUUUCUGCUGCAGAACCCAGUUUCACAUUCCAUGCCAUUUUGAAUGCCUGUGCAGACUUGAAAUGGGGGGACUGCUUUUGUUUGUGCCCACAUUAAGUAUGACUUCAGGGGGGUUUAAAUAAAGUCCUGAUUUUAAACCUU